AUGGAUUUGGACGUCCAAGACAAGGAUGCCAAUGUUGUAGUGCAAUCUGGAAAUGAGAAGUUAACGGAGUCCGUGAACGUAGUGGAAGGUGUAACAGCAGGGGGAGAUGUUAUAAUUGCGCCUGAAGUGGGUAUGUUGUUUAAAAGUAAAGUAGAUACGUAUGAUUUCUACAAGAAAUAUACUUGUGCCGUGGGUUUUCCAAUCAAGAAAAUAAAUUCAAAGAAAUUGUAUGAUGAGAUUUUGAGAUAUUUGACAUUGACUUGUAGUCGUGAAGGCAGAAUAAUCAGUUAUAGCAGUGGUUCUUUGAAGCCACGUCCAACAGUAAAGAUGGGUUGUAAGGCCAGAAUAUUUGCAUCUUCUGCUACUUUUGGGAAUUGGAGAAUUAACGUUGUAAACCUCGACCAUAAUCAUGACAUAAGUCCUUCUAAAUCUAGAUUUGAUCGAUGUGGAUAUGAGAAUAUGACAUGUAUUGAAAAGGAUUGUUGUAACUACAUAGAGCGAGUAAGGCGCUUAAGACUUGGAGAAGGAGAUGCUGCAGCAAUACAAACAUAUUUUUCGAAAAUGCAAGCACAAUGCCCAUGA